CCAGCAAGAGGAGGAGCGACUGGGAUCUACGCUACAAGCUCACUCACAGCUCUGAUCACAAUAGUGAUGUUCCCCGGCAGCGUGUAACAGUGAGAGCGCGCAGACUACAGACUGGGCUCAUCUCGAGAAAUGUUACUACUGAAACCUUUCAGCGAGGCGUCUUAAAGUAACACGCGUCCUUAAAAGUCGAAUGCGUUCUGUACAAGUCCGUGCGUGAAAAGGGAAUAAGUUUAAAGAUGUCUGUCAGUAAUCACGAGAACCGAAAGUCGAGGUCAAGCUCUGGGUCCAUGAACAUCCAGCUGUUCCACAAGACAUCACAUGCAGACAGCCUGCUUAUCCAACUCAACCUCCUCCGCAAGCGUCAUGUCUUCACGGAUGUAGUCCUGCGUGCUGGACAUCGAGCAUUUCCAUGCCACCGGGCGGUUCUGGCUUCGUGUAGCCGGUAUUUUGAGGCCAUGUUCGGCGGUGGUCUGAAGGAGAGUCGAGAUGCUGAGGUCAACUUCCAUGACUCUUUGCAUCCGGAGGUUUUGGAGCUCCUUCUAGACUACGCCUACUCUGCCCGGGUGAUCAUUAACGAGGAAAAUGCGGAGUCUUUGCUGGAGGCUGGCGACAUGCUCCAGUUCCACGACAUCCGUGAUGCCGCUGCAGAAUUUCUGGAGAAGAAUCUGCAUCAGUCUAACUGCCUUGGAAUGAUGCUUCUGUCCGAUGCUCAUCAGUGCCAGAGGCUGUAUGAACUUUCUUGGCGAAUGUGUCUGGCUAAUUUUGCUAAUCUUUACCACACUGAAGAUUUCCUAAGCUUGCCCAAAGAUAAAGUUCAAGAGCUUGUUUUUAGUGAGGAGCUGGAGGUUGAGGAUGAAAGUAUUGUGUACGAGGCUGUUAUUGACUGGGUUAGAGCAGACGUCGGAAGGAGACACCUUGAUCUUCCCGACCUUCUACGGUGUGUUCGACUCGCCCUGCUCCCGGAAACCUACCUGCUAAAGAACGUUGCAUCUGAGGAGCUUGUCAUGGGACACAAGGUGGGCCGUGAGAUUGUGGAAGAUGCUGUCCGUUGCAAAAUGAAGAUCCUGCAGAAUGACGGCGUUGUCACAGGAUUCUGCGCCCGACCCCGGAAAGUCAGCCAAGCUCUUCUGCUUCUAGGAGGCCAAACGUUCAUGUGCGACAAAAUAUACAUGAUUGAUCACAAGACAAAGGAGAUUACUCCCAAAACGGACAUUCCUAGCCCUCGCAAAGAGUGUAGUGCUUGUGCCAUUGGCUGUAAAGUAUAUGUCACAGGUGGUCGAGGGUCUGAAAAUGGGGCUUCAAAAGACGUUUGGGUCUACGACACCUUGCAUGACGAAUGGUCCAAAGCUGCACCGAUGCUCGUCGCUAGAUUCGGACAUGGUUCAGCAGAACUUGAUCACAGCCUGUAUGUAGUAGGUGGACACACAUCCCUUGCAGGGUCGUUCCCUGUGUCCCCGUCUGUGUCUCUCAAACAAGUGGAGCAGUACAACCCCCAAUCCAACAAGUGGACACUAGUUGCCCCUCUUCGAGAGGGUGUGAGCAAUGCUGCUGUUGUAGGGGCCAAAAACAAACUCUUUGCUUUCGGAGGGACUAGUGUCAACAGGGACAGGUAUCCUAAGGUUCAGUGCUUCGACCCCUGUGAGAACAGGUGGACUGUCCCGGCCACUUGUCCUCAGCUCUGGCGUUACACAGCGGCAGCAGUUGUUGGGAACCAUGUUGUGGUCAUUGGUGGAGAUACAGAGUUCUCUGCAAGCUCCGCGUACCGCUUCAAUAGUGAGACGUUCCAGUGGACCAAGUUUGGUGACGUGACUUCCAAGAGAAUCAGCUGUCAUGCAGUGGCGUCAGGGAAUCGCCUCUAUGUGGUCGGGGGCUACUUUGGGGCACAGAGAUGUAAAACCUUGGACUGCUAUGACCCGUCAACGGACUCAUGGGAUAGUAUAACAAGCGUACCAUAUUCGCUUAUCCCAACAGCAUUUGUCAGCACCUGGAAGUACCUCCCAUCUUGAAGAAAAUAUGUAUUUUAUUUGAUCUUCCGACGUUCUCUGGAAUGUGGCUGAGUUCCCCCCCAUGAGGUCUGGGAAUGCCGGGGGAGGGGAGACGCUUUUCCUCCUUCACAUUCACAUGGACCUCGUGCUGGAAACCAAGCCUUAGGUCAGUCGGGUGGGUAACUAUGGCAACCGGAGCCCAUCCCAGCACACCGCAGUCCUGACGGAGAGAUGCAGAAAGCAUUGUGAACGCAUGUGUACAUAAACUUACUAGACAUAACUCUUUAAAACAGGUUAUUUUUAGCCUGAGGUUCCACGCUUCAGUGUCUGGCUCACUCACAUGGAUCCAGCGCAGUCAUAAAUUAAGCAAUAAUUAACCCUUGCCUCUGGUAACUCACUUAAGCAAAUGAAACUGGGCUCACUGUGUUUUUAGUAGACUUGGGUGACCUUUGAAAGAGGAAAUGAACCCAAAAUUGUAGAAUAACUAGUUAGGUUUUUAUAUAGAAUGUUGUUUUUAUUGUUUUUUUAAAUUAAAUAUAUUUUAUUUCACAAGAAUAUUCAGAACACUUAUCUGAUUAGCACUGUAUUCUUGUUUUAAAAGUACUAGACAAAUAGCCAGGCUGGGCUAAUAGACAAGUUUGGGUGGUAUUUCACCCCCAAAUGAUAAGAAAUUAAGUCUGUUUUUAAAUGGGUUGCAUUGUGGUAUUAUUUUCAAGCCAGUUAAAGCAGAUUCUCAUUACCGUAAUGCAAAAAUAUCAUUACCUUCUUGGACAAAGAGCAAGAAUGUAAUUUUUAAAAUUAAGUUUUAAGUAUUUAAGCAUAUGCAGAUUUUAACUGAAACUACCUAAAAUAAAUACUUAAAAAUCCUAGACAAAUUACGGUAAUGAGGAAAACACCCUUAAUUGUUAUGAAAAUAAUGUCAAAAUGUGAAAAAAGAAGAAACAAAUAAGAAGUUAUAUUUUGCAUAAAGAAAAUGAAACCUAGUUUUAAAUAGUUUGCAUCGUGACAUUAUUUUCAGGGCCAUUAAAGCACAUUUCCUCCCUAAAUUCUCAUUACCGUAAUGCCAAAAAUCAUUACAUAAUGCCAAAGAACAGGAAUGUAUUUCUUAUUAUGUAAAGUCAUACACAUAUGCAGAUUUUAAUAGAAAAAAAAAAAUACUUAAUCCUGGACAAAUUAUGGCAAUGAGGAAAAUAUCCUUAAUUAUCAGCAAAAUAAUGUCACAAUGUGGAGGAAAAAAAAGAAAUAAAGAAACUACAUUUUGCAUCAUGAAGCCUGGUUUUAGAUUGUUUGCAUUGUGGAUUUAUUUUCAGGGCAAUUAAAGCAUAUUUUGCCCCCAAAUUAUUAUUACUGUAAUACAAAAAAGUCAUUACCAUAAUGAAAAAUUAUUAAAGAAUAAACAUGGUAAUGAAGUAAAAUGUUCUUAGUUGUAAAGAAAAAUUCACAAUGCAAAAAAAGAAAAACAAAUAAGAAAUUAUAUUUUGCAUGAAGACAAUGAAGAAUAUUUUUAGAUUGUUUAGGUUUUUUUCAAGGUAAUUAAAGCAGAUUGUCCUCCAAAAUUCUCAUUACUGUAGUGCAAAAAAGUGGUUAAAAACAAGAAUAUAUAUUAUAACUGUAUUUAUCCUAAAAUAGGCUUCAUUUUCUUUCUACAAUAUAAAUAAUAAAAUAUUACUUGUCACUCAACUGUAGUGUAGUUUACAAUGUGAAUGACAUUCGCUUAGUUUUUAAGGUGGUUAAACUACUAAAGCUGUGGAUUCCUUCUUAAUGGUUUUGUGCCAAACCUUCAAAAAACUCUUUUCAAAGUGUACGAAAACCUUACAAACUUCUUAAAUGAUGUUGCCGUACAUGUAGCCUUGAUUAUGCUCUAUUAUUGUAUGUACAUUUGUGAAGUAUAUUGUAUUUUUUUUAAGUAGAUUUUGCACAUUGUGUCCUCCUCACUGUUGAACGGUCAUCUACACUCAUAAGGGUGUUUUUCUUAAACGUCAUUAGAAUGUGUUGCCUGAAGCCAAAGAAAGCAGCACAGAUAGAAACAUGUUACCAGCUAAACAUUGCUUUAUUGUGAAAGGCUCGCUUCUUUGUGUUGUGAAAUGUCUUAAUUUGUAUCUAGAUUUUUGAUAUCACUGAUUCUUGUUCUGUUUUUUGGAAAUUUAACGCCAAAUAUUAUUGUUUCUAGUUUCUGUCAGUCAUACAGUAGGGUGUAUUAAAGACUUUUUAAAUAAACUGUCUGUGAAA